AUGAGCCUAAACACGCACGCUGGCCGCGCCGCCGCCGCAGCAGCAGCACGGGCAGCAGGGGAUGGAUGCCUCGCCGCGGCCACCUCCCGGAUCGCCUCCCACGGCCGCGCGGGCGACGCCGCCGCGGCGCGCGCCGUGUUCGACGCGAUGCCCCGCCGCGACGCCGUCGCCUGGAACGCCAUGCUCACCGCCUACGCCCGCGCCGCGCGGCCGCUGGAGGCGCUCGCGCUCUUCGCCCGCAUGCGCGCGCCGGACGCGUUCUCGCUCACCGCCGCGCUCGCCGCGGCGGCCGCCCUCCGGUCGCCGGCCGCCGGCGCGCAGCUCCACGGCCGCCUCCUCCGCCUCGGCCUGCGCGCGCCGCUCCCCGUCGGCAACGCGCUCGUCUCCAUGUACGCCAAGUGCGCCCGCGCCGCCGACGCAUCUCGCGCGUUCCGGGAGAUGACGGAACGCAAUGCGCUGUCCUGGUGCUCGCUCCUGCAUGCAUUUGUGGUCUCAGGACACAUGGAGCUUGCCCACGAGUUGUUCGACGAAAUGCCCACUAGAAGCAAUGUCGCCUGGAACACGUUGCUCAUGGGGCAUUCUCGCAGCGGCAACGCCAAACAGUGCCUUGCUCUGUUCAACGAGAUGCGUAUGUCAGGACUGACUUGCGAUGAUGCGACGCUCUGCAUUCUUAUUGACGCUUGUGCGGAGCUGCCUAACCCCUCUAAUGGCUUCGCAAUCCACAAGACUGUAGUUCAAAGUGGCUGGAAUGACAUCCCUGAGGUCAAUAACUCGCUGAUUUCCUUCUAUGCUAAAUUCAACUUGCUAGAUUAUGCUGUGCAGAUCUUUGAGUGCAUGAAGAAUCGAACAACUGCUUCGUGGAACUCACUGAUCGAUGCGCACGCAAGGCUUGGCUACAUUGAGCAAGCGGCUGCACUCUUUGAAAGUGCACCCGAGACCAAUGUCAUCUCAUGGACUGCAAUGAUCGGAGGUUUUGCGAGGAACGGCUCAACAAGCGAGGCUCUUGCGCUCUUUGUCAAGAUGACACAGGAGCAUAUCCAUCCUGAUGACUUCGCAUUUGGGGCUGUGCUUCAUGCUUGUGCGUCUGCGCCAUGUCUGGCCAGUGGAAGGAUGGUUCAUACUUGUGCAUUCCGAAGUGGAUUUGCAUCCUACUUGUAUGUGGCCAACAGCUUGAUGGACAUGUAUGCCAAGUGUGGAGACGUAGAGGGUGCAACCAAUGUAUUUGAUGCUAUUCAUCAGAAGGACUUGGUCUCAUGGAACACCAUGUUGUUCGGAUUCGCUAUAAAUGGAUUAUCAAAGGAAGCGUUGGCGGUGUAUGAAAGCAUGUCAUCCCACAAUAUUUCCCCAGAUGAGGUUACAUUCACUGGCUUGCUCACAGCUUGCAGCCAUUCUGGUCUUCUGGAGCAAGGGAGAGCCUUCUUUGAGUCAAUGAUGUCUGUCCAUGAAGUUCAACCAAAACCAGUGCAUUUUUCUUGUGUCCUUGACAUGUAUGCUAGAUCAGGUAACAUUGCAAAGGCCAUUGAGAUGAUGGAACAUUACCCAGAAAUUGUCAAGUCUCCUGGCAGCGACCUAUCCGAGGCUCUGCUUAGCUUCUGCUCAUCAGAGAAUCUGGAUGCCUGGAUUGGAAGGAAGGUAGGAGACAGUGUAGUAGCGACGGCGCCUGCGAGAGACACAGGCUAUGUCAUGCUCUCCAACUUGCUCUGUGCGAGUGGGCAGUGGGACGAGGCUGAGAGGAUGAGGAGAGCCAUGGCUGAGCAGGGUGUCAAGAAGUCUCCUGGUUGUAGUUGGAUCGAAGUGAAGGGAAAAGUUAAGGUAUUUGUAUCAGGUGAGGAAGCAGUCGACCGGAUAGAUAGUGUAUAUGGUGUAAUUUACCUAUUGGAUUAUGAGAUGAGAAAUAGCGUGCCACUGUGAUGUUUAAACUAUUUUUGCCUAGAAAAAAAGGUCAAUUUUACUCCUUCGAACUAUUUGGCCGGAGGACUUAACCCCCUUAUCGGUUUACAAAAUA